UGCGUGGAUUGCGUGCGGAACUGCUCUCUACAAAUCUUUCUAUCUCUCUGUCUCUGUCUUUCGUUCGCUCGUUCACUCCGCCGCUUACUCUCGCCUACUAUAAACGACUUAUUUUUACGUUUUAACAGAUCUGCGACUUUUGUACGAAACUUCUUGCCCGUACGACGUCUCUCUCUCGAAACGACCAGUCGAACGUAUCCGUGUAGCUGUCUGUUUGUCGCCUGCCUGCUCGAUUCUCUCUCUCUCUUGCUUCUGGUCGGAGCAGCUCCGAAAUCGUAUAUACAAGAACGAAUAGAGAGAGAGAGAGAGAGAGAGAGAGAGAAAAGUCAUCGGAGCUGUAAAAGCCCCGAAUAUAUACAAGCGCAACAGCUUUUUUAUUGGAGAGAGAAAAAAAGAUAAGACUACGAAUCGAUUCCGAGCCCACAACAACACAUCUCGCUGUGUUAUGCAGCUGCAGCCGAAGAAGUACUAGUUCAGCAGCAGAAUUACCAAAUUGCCUCGAUUGCAGAUGAUAAUAUGAUCGUCCUACCGGCAAGAUAGUGUGUCUGUGUGAUAUAUAUCUUCAACGGCUUCUGCAAUUUCCGUAAAGGCGGCGGUAACCUCGUUCGGAAUCGUAACUCCGAAGUGUUUCUGUGGUGUUUAACAUAGCUGCAAUGAUAUGAGACCAAAGGAAACAAACCCUGGCAGAUGAGAAGAAUUUACUGACUUUUAGUUGAAGCAGAAUACUUAAAGCUACUGUGCUUCAAAUUUUGAAAUAAAAUGGAAGCAUCUGUGGCAGGUAGGCGGCGUGCUGCCACCAAGAGUUCUGCUGAAGAUCAAGCUUUAGAUCAAAUCGCCAAAGAGUUGUAUGUAAAAGCAGAAGCAAGACUUGCUGCUAGACGACAAGCUCGAGCAGAGGCUAGAGAAAUACGCAUGAGAGAAUUGGAAAGACAGCAAAAAGAAGCAGAAGAAAAUGCAGACAAGGCUUUUGAAAUGGGUGGAGCUGAUGCAACCAGAAUUAUAAGGGUAACUCCAGAUCCUGUCCGUGCUGCUCGUCUUUUGACUAAUUCAAAUAAUUUCCAAUCCAGUCGUAGAUCUUCUGAAGAUUCAUUAGAGGACGCAGGUCUUGGGAGAGAUCUACGGACCGAAUUAAAAGAAACAGAAGAAAAAUUUCGCAAAGCAAUGAUUGCUAACGCUCAAUUAGACAAUGAAAAGUCUUCCUAUGCAUAUCAAGUUGAUUUGCUUAAAGAUAAAUUGGAAGAACUAGAGGAAUCUAUUGCUCAACUUCGACGUGAGCUUCGAGACAAAAAUCGUGAAGCAGAACAAUUUAAGCGUCUCAGUCAAAAAACUAAAGAAGAUUUAGAAAUUUGUAGGGCUCAACUGUUAGAAAGGGACACCUUAAUUGAAGAAAAUGGUUUAGUCAUUGUUGAUGAUGAAAGUGACGAAAAUGAAGAGUCUACAAAAGAAAAUGGACCAGUUUGUAGAAGAAGAGUGCUAGUCAGUACAGAAGCCGCAGAAUUGUUACAAAAUGCGGGUGAAGGUUCAUUAGAUGUUCGACUGCGAAAGUUUGCAUCAGAUAAGAAAGAAAUGCAAGAUGAAAUUCGACAUCUUAGGCUAGAACUAGAAGAAGCAAAACAUAAAAUAAGAACAGAACGAAAUUCUGGCUCAGUUAUAGGUCUGUCUGACUCUGAUGAUAUUCAAAGGGAAACAAAUAAACUGUUAUCAGAUUGCAAAUUCAAAUUGCAAAAAGCUGAACAGGAUGUAUCAACUCUUCAAGCGAAUGUUGCUAGAUUGGAAAGCCAAGUUAUACGAUAUAAAUCUGCAGCUGAAGCGUCUGAAAAAGCUGAAGAUGAAUUGAAAGUAGAAAAAAGAAAAUUGCAACGAGAAGUCAGAGAAUCCCAGGCUCGUGUGGAAGAACUAGAAACUUCCAAUUCACACUUGCAGCGUCGUUUAGAUAAACUAAAAAACGCCAAAUCGGCUCUGCUUAAAGAGCUUUGAUAGUUCGUCAUGCUUGCAUAACGAAUAAAUUCGGCUAAAGCGUAACAUGUAAAUACGAAAAAAAAACAUGAGGCUAUUUUAGCUCAGAAGUAUUUUAAGAGAACUGCUGAACUGCUGAAAUGACAACGCGUUUAAGCGUACUGUAAAGAUAACGAGGCCAGAAAUCGCCUCUACUAUGGAAACAUAAGACUUUUGAAACUCCGAAUAAUCGUUUCCAAUGUUUUACCUAUUAUUGUCACGGCGAUAUUAACAAACUUUAUAUAGGUGUUUUUUAAUGAUUCGAAAAAUACGAUAUAUAACUUUGACUGUGUGAAUUUCCACGGUCAAAUAUUGGAUUAACUCAUUAUAAAUGCAAGACUUUGUACGGUUAAAGCUGUUUGCAUUUUUUCGUUUCAUUUCGAACAUCGUUGUUAGCCUUUUUUUAAUUUAAAAACUUUUCUAAAUACCAUUGACAUGUUUGAGAAAAUAGAUCUAUAGAAUAAAAAUUGAACAUGACUCAAUGGUAGCAAAUCGAAAACACAGUGCCUGUGACGAUAAUCGAGGGAGAGUCCAGUAAAGGCAUUUGUAUCGAAAAAAAUUCCAUCCAAUGAAAGUAGAAUUGUGUUACUGAUCGACAGUAGCUACAUUAUCCUUUAAUAGGCCUAAAAUUUGGUCCAACGAUAAAUGUAUACCAAUGCGGAGUAAAGACUCUCUAAUUGAAAUUAUUUAUAUAUGUAAUUAUGUUCUUUAUAGACUUUAACUUAAAUACUACGUAACCAUAAUUGUAUUUUGAACUAUUGACUUAUUACAUUUUUGUUUUAUCGCCUAGUAUCUGUUUAUUGAUGCGAUUUAUUAAUGUAUUUUACCUGUGUAUGAUAAAAUGAAGUUUUUUGUAUUAUAAUGCGAAUGUGCAGAUCUAGAGCGCGUAUAUUUAUAUAUAUUAUAUGUAGAAUACAUAUUAUCAGUUUA